AUCUUGUUGCAAGCGAUAAAUAUUAUUAAUAAUGGAAAAUACAGAAGUAGACAAUGAGCCUGAUAGUAAAAAAGCGAAAAUUCAAUCUGCUGAACAACCGAUCAGGUGUAAGUAUUUUGUGCAGCGUAAAAAACGUUACUGUAAAAUGACGGUCGGUUUUGGGAAGGAGUAUUGUGGUGAGCAUGAACCUACCGAUCGUACGAUUGAUCCGGAAUCGGGGACCAGUGAUCGGAUACCUUGCCCGCUUGAUUCGAAGCAUACAGUAUCGGCGGUUAAAUUGGAGAAACAUCUGAAAAUUUGUAACGCACGACCUCCGGCAGAACAGAAGCCAUACAUAGUGCCUGGCAUUAAUUGUACUUCGGAUGGGGAAGAAUCGGAACCAUUGCCACAGACGGAAGGUGUUUCAGGUGUGAAAUUAUCGGACAUGCCGCUGGAAGAGCUAACAACACUUAUAGCGAAGAUUGAUCGGCUUUAUGAUACGGUGGAACCGCUUAUAAAGGAACAAUCGCCACGUCACAGCAUUUUAGCGCAAGAACUAAGGACCGAACAUUAUGGACCGCAAACUUUAAAGCACCUGACACAGUCGUCCGCAUUGCUUGGUUUGCUUGAGCAGUACGAAUUUCUACAGAACGAUACCGCGUUUGUGGAGUUUGGUGCCGGUAAAGGCCAGGUGGCGUACUGGCUAGCAAGAAUAGUCGAAACACAGCUGCAAAACUGUAAAGUUCUGCUGGUAGACCGUGCCUCGCAUCGUCACAAAAAGGACAACAAAAUAGAGACGCGUGAAAUCGUGCAGCGAGUACGGGCGGACAUUGCCGAUUUGGAGCUACACAAGGUGGAUCUGCUCGAGUCAACCAAACGGCUCGUUGGCAUCGGUAAACAUCUUUGCGGUAGCGCAACCGACCUGGCCCUACGUUGUUUGGUGCGAAGCAGGGCCAAAUCCGUCGUCCUCAUGAAGGGAUGUUUGUUUGCACUCUGUUGCCAUCACCGGUGUGAAUGGCGAACGUUCGCCGGCAAACAGUUUCUGCUGGCAAACGACAUUACGCGUGCAGAUUUUGAGUGUAUCGUGCGGAUGGUAAGCUGGGCUGUAUGCGGAACGGGGAGAAGUCGUGACCGAGAGGAAGACGAAUCGAACGACAAUAAACAGGACCGGUGUGGAUUAACGCGUCUGCAGCGAGAAGCGAUUGGUCGAAAGUGCAAACGCAUUCUCGACGUAGCAAGGUUAAACUACAUGGUACAGAAUGGAUACGAGGCCAAACUUAAGUACUACGUGACGAGUGAAGUAACGCUGGAAAAUGUUUGUCUUAUAUGUGUGGACAAAUAAACAUAAUACAAGCAAGUAUUUAGCAUGCUUUAGUAAUAACAAAA